AUGGAAAAAUUACGAGCGACUUCAUUUUGUCUUCUCUCAUGUGUACUUGUCUUGUUCUUGAGUUCAUCAAUCUCAGCAGUCACUCAUGAACGUCAAGAUAAACAAGUAUAUGUUGUCUACAUGGGUUCACUUCCGUCUCGACCGGAAUACACACCAAUGACGCAUCACCUAAGUAUUCUUCAAGAAGUCACCGGAGAAAGUUCGGUGGAAGGUCGUUUGGUGAGAAGUUACAAGAAGAGUUUCAACGGGUUCGCGGCGCAGCUCACUAAGUCAGAGCGAGAACGAGUAGCCAAAAUGGAGGGAGUUGUUUCUGUGUUCCCCAACAAAAACUACAAACAACAAACGACGGAGUCUUGGGAUUUCAUGGGGCUAAAGGAAGGAUUAAAUACAAAACGAAAUUUGGCCGUAGAGAGUGAUACUAUCAUUGGAGUCUUCGACGGUGGGAUUUGGCCAGAAUCGGAGAGCUUUUCUGACAAAGGCUUUGGUCCUCCUCCUAAGAAAUGGAAAGGUGUUUGUUCCGGCGGCGCAAAUUUCACAUGCAACAACAAGUUGAUCGGAGCAAGAGACUACACAAACGAAGGCACUAGGGACAUCGAUGGCCACGGCACACACGCAGCGUCCACUGCGGCUGGAAACGCAGUCGCGAACACAAGCUUCUUUGGAAUCGGCAACGGAACGGCGAGAGGAGGCGUUCCGGCAUCUAGAAUCGCCGCUUACAAAGUCUGCACCAAGACAGGAGGGUGUAGCGCGGCGUAUAUACUGUCUGCGUUCGAUGACGCAAUCGCAGACGGUGUUGACCUCAUCAGCACCUCCCUCGGGAGUGGCAGUGGGGCCGUCGUGUACGAGCAAGACUCGUUGGCGAUCGGGGCCUUUCACGCUAUGGUAAAGGGGAUUCUCACUGUUCAGUCAGCUGGUAAUUCUGGUCCCGAUCCAGGCACAGUCUCGAGUGUCGCACCGUGGAUCUUAUCCGUUGCAGCCAGCACCACGAACCGUGAGUUUGUCUCUAAAGUCGUUCUUGGAAAUGGCCAGACACUUGUCGGGAAAUCGGUGAAUGCUUUCGAUCUGAAAGAGAAAAAGUAUCCACUUGUGUACGGAGAUUCUGCUGCUAAGUGUAAUGAUAAAUCUCUGGUGAAUGGAAAGAUUGUGGCUUGCAGUUAUGCGAUUGGUUCCAAUUUAGCUGUUGGAUUCGUAUUUAGAGAUAAAAGUGACCAUGCCUCUGUUGGCCCCUGGCCCCUCUCUUCUCUUUCACCAGAAGACUUUAACUCUCUUGUCUCUUACGUUAACUCCACAAAGUCCUCGCAGGCGACUAUUCUAAAGAGUGAAGCAAUCUUUAACCAGAGAGCUCCAAUACUUGCUAAGUUCUCUUCUCGCGGUCCAAACACUAUCGCAUUUGAUAUUUUGAAGGUAAGCAGAUCAUGGUUAAUUGAAUUUCAGCCUGAUAUAACAGCACCGGGAGUAGAGAUCCUCGCUGCCGACUCACCUUUGGCUUCACCGUCUUCUCAAAUGAGCGACACAAGACGUGUGAAUUAUUCUGUUAGAACUGGAACUUCAAUGUCAUGUCCACACGUUGCAGGCGUGGCAGCUUACGUCAAGACAUUUCAUCCUGAAUGGUCUCCUUCCAUGAUCCAAUCUGCCAUCAUGACAACCGCUUGGCCAAUGAAUGCUACUGGAACUGGUUUGGCAUCGACCGAGUUUGCUUAUGGAGCUGGCCAUGUCGACCCAGUCGCCGCUCUAAAUCCUGGUCUUGUCUAUGAACUGGAAAAAGCAGACCACAUUACCUUUCUCUGCGGCUUGAACUACACUUCGGAAAGGCUUAAAAUCAUUUCCGGUGAAGCCGUCACUUGCACUGGAAAGACCUUACCUAGAAACCUCAACUAUCCUUCAAUGUCUGCUAAACUUCCAGGAUCAAAUAGCUCCUUUACCGUGACUUUCAACAGAACCGUCACCAACCUCGGAUCCCCUAACUCAACAUACAAAUCAGAGAUUGUCUUAAAUCACGGAUCUAAACUCAGCAUUAAGGUCUCCCCUAGUGUUCUAUCUAUGAAGUCAGUGAAUGAGAAGCAGUCUUUUGCGGUGACUGUUUCAGGCAGCGAUCUCGACCCAAAACUGCCUUCUUCUGCGAAUCUGAUUUGGUCAGAUGGCACACAUAACGUGAGAAGCCCCAUUGUUGUUUAUACUAGUGACUGAUGAGGCCACAUCCAUUCACAUCUAUCCAUCAUCAUCAA